AAUCUCCAAAGCGGUGGAACACCAGCCCAGCCGCUCAGCCUCGCAGAGUCGCCCCGCGCGGCUCGGCCGCUCACCCACCCGUAACGCCGUCACGAGACGGCGCUAGCCCGGUGGGGAGGUGGCGCGAAUCCGAGGCGCCGCCUCCUAAUUUUUCCCGCGCCCCACCCCGCGCUGUGGCGGCUGUUCCUCCUCCUCCUUCCCCCGAUCCCCAACUCCUUCCAACUCACAUGGCGGCGGCGGCGGCGGCUGCGUCCGUGGCGAGUCAAGCGCAGGCCGUGCUCCGCGGCAGGCUCUGCGACCAGGCCGUCGUCCACUCCGCCCUCAGGUCCUCGCCGGACACCAACUACAGUAAGCUGAAGUACCUCGUCGCCAGCUCCGUCUCCGAAGCCUGCAACAACUCCGUCCUACUCCUCGGCCCCCGCGGCUGCGGAAAAGCCGCGGUGAGGUUUUCCUUCCUAGUAUACUCUUCUGCCCCACUUUCAGCGGUUUUCUCGGAUGCGGGGGUGGUGUUCGACGAAAUGUGCCAGUGGGCGAUCUACGACUUUACGCUAUGGGUUGUUUCGGCAUGGACUGAGGUGGUCGACAUGGUUCUAGAUGAUCUGAAGAAGGAUCAUCCUGAUGCAAUAUCAGUGAUCAGGCUGAAUGGGAUGCUACAUAGUGAUGACAACUGUGCCACGAAGGAAAUUGCGAGGCAACUUUGUUUGGAACAUCAGUUAUCAUUUUCCAAAAUGGCUUCUUCAGAUGACAACACGGAAUUCAUGAUUGACAUGUUACGGGAGUGUGGACUAGCUCACAAGACAAUAAUUUUUGUCCUAGAAGAGUUUGACCUCUUUGCUCAGGGGAAGCAGAGGUUACUCUAUAGCUUACUUGAUGCAAUGCAAUCUCUCACCUCACAAGCUGUUGUUAUUGGUGUGAGUUGCCGAUUGGAUGCAGACCAACUCCUAGAGAAAAGGGUUAGAUCCCGGUUCUCUCAUAGGAAGCUUCUGUUUGUUCCUUCUUCAGUGGAUAGUUUACAGAGGUUAAUGGAGCACUUGCUAGCACUUCCUGAAGAUUCUCCCUUACCAACAAAGUAUGUCAGGGAGUACAAUGCACGGAUUACUAGCAUUUUCAAUGACAAAAAGUUCAAAGGAAUUCUCAGCUCCCUCACUGAUGCUGACGCAACAACAAGCCACAUCCUUAGAUUUCUUUUCAGAGUGGUGUCAUACAUGGACAUAGAUUCUGGACUUCUGUCAAUGCAAAGCUUCAUGAAUGCGCUAUCUUCGAUGCAGAGGCAGCCUAAGAUGGACAGUUUGCAAGAUCUCUCCAUUUUGGAACUAUACAUUCUUGUAUGCAUGAACAGGCUAGAAGAUAAGGAGAAAAGUUCAUACAACUUUAUCACUAUUAUGAAAGAGUACAAAUCUGUGCAGGAUGCCUACAAAACGUCGGACAAAUAUUCACACACUGUUUGUUUUAGAGCUUUUGAGCAUCUUUUGGAUCGCGAGUUGAUUAGCUUUGCAGACAACAAAGGGAGAAAUCAGGCGCUUGAAUAUCGUCCUGUCAAACUUCUGAUAUCUUCACGUGAGCUUGCUGAGUCCCUCAAGUUGAACACGACCUGCCCUGCUGUUUUGCAGAAGCUUCUUGACCGUGAAAGAUACAUGUAAAAGUUUCUAUAUGUUUGCUAAGUUGAUACUGGUUCAAGUGCUGGCAUACUUCUUUCUUCUUUGUUACUCCCUAACACCGUGUUGGAACAUCCUAUCUACUGCAAAGAGAUUUACCUUGAAGAUGAAAAAGGUAUAUCGGUCUCUGGCAAGGUAACAAACUAACAACACACCAUUUCACUCGAUGCCCUCCCUCUUGUGUGCAUGGAUGAUACUUGAGAAGUUCAACGCAAGGUAAACGCACUAGUGCACUACUGUGCUAGUAAAACUUUAACUGGAUUA